AUGAAGUUCAACAAAUUUAUAUCGAGUUCCAGGCGAAAGGCACGAAAGCGACAUUUUACAGCCCCGUCGCAUAUUCGAAGGAAAAUUAUGUCAUCGCCGUUGAGUAGAGAAUUGCGGCAAAAGUAUAACGUUAGAUCGAUUCCGAUACGACGUGAUGACGAAGUUCAAGUCGUUUGCGGACACAACAAGGGUAACGUUGGAAAAGUAAUAAGAGUGUAUCGUAAAAAGUAUGUGAUACACAUAGACAAGAUCACUCGCGAGAAAGCCAACGGUGCUACUGUACACAUUGGAAUCCAUCCCUCUAACGUGAUGAUCGUGAAGCUUAAGCUCGACAAAGACCGAAGAAAGAUUUUGGAGCGAAAGGCUGCUGGAAGAGCUGCUUCUUUCGGACUGCUCAAAGGAAAACAUACCGAGGAAUCUGUUGCAAUGGAAACGAGCUAA